ACAAUCGUUGAAACGAUUUCCCUUUUCAAUUCUGUACAAAUAAAAUGAUGCUCCAAGUCGCAUGUUGCACGCUGCUGCUGCUGCUGCUGCUGGGGAUGGGUGGCAAGGCGGAAGUAUCUCGUCACCGCUUAACCAUAUUUGCUGAAGCUGGACGCAUGGAGUGCUACCAUCAGGCUGUGGCUGCCACCGAGCUCAUUUUCGUGGAGUAUCAGGUCAUUCAUGGUGGCCAGGGGGAGCCACAUAUCAAUUUCAAUUUGAUGGAUCCACUGCGUCGACUCCUUGUCACGGAUCACAAGCAGGGCAAGGUCAAGCACAAGCUGGUGGCCAAUGAAACAGGCAUCUAUAAAUUGUGUUUUGACAACACCAUCAGCUCCUUCAAUCAGAAGAUUGUUGUCUUCAAUCUGGAAAUUGCUGCCGCCAAUCAUGAGGAACUGGAGCGUCAAUUACUCAUCAAGGACAUGACCACCGAUUAUCAUUUCGAUCGCACCUACACUCACUUGGAUGACUAUUUGACCAAGAUCUCGUUGAACAUCAUGCGAUCGCGUCAGAGCCAGGAUUAUAUUCGCACAAACGAGGCCAAGGAUCGCAAGUUGGCCGAAUCGAGUUUCACUUUGGUUAACAAUUGGUCCUGUGCUCAGUUCAUAGCCAUGAUUAUUGUCGGUAUGCUUCAGGUUUUUAUGCUGCGUAGUAUUUUCAAUACCGAUGGGCGAAUCUACAAAUUCUGGAAGAAAAUUUAAGUU